AAGUAGGAAGAAUACUUUCUGGUGACGGCCAUUGCUGUUUCUCUCUCUAUUUUCUUUGUCCUUCCCUAAUUAUGAUUUCUUUCUGUACUUUUCUUUCCUUCUUAUUUCUCUACGUCCUUCUUUCCUCUUCUCUACUUCUUUCUCCUCUUCUUCCUCAUUUCCUUGUCUAUUUCCUCCUUCCUCCUACUUCUGAUGUACUGUGGAUACUGUCUCAUAUACAUGGCAUCGCUGUAAGUUUGAAAUGUGUCCAAGCAUUUAUACUGAAUCUUUAUCUGUUGAAUAGAGAUGAAUCCUUGACCUGAUCUUUGUUUCAGCUUCGAGUGCCUCAGUCAGAGCAGCUGGUGGAAACAUGACAACAGAAGGCAAACACUUUGUGGAUGAACAUCAACUGGAGCUGAUCAGAAGAGUGAGCAACAUUGAACCCAUUCUGGACGAGCUCCUUGUCAAAGAAGUUAUCCAAGAAGAAGCGUAUGCUACAAUCAGAGCUAUGUCGACCUGUGAGGACAAGAUGAGGGCGCUCUACAUCGGUCCACUCAAAGCUGGUAUUGUCUGCAAAGACGUCUUCUACGAAACCCUUAAGACACACGAGAAAUAUCUCAUCACUGACCUCAACAAGGGCCAGUGAUCGUACAUUAUCAGACACGUGAUGAGGUUUAAAACCUGAUGCAUCAAAUGUUUCUCCCCCAUUCUCCAUUAGCUCUUGUCUACUUCCUCUUCUCCCUUCACUACGUCCUUCUUUCCUGCCUUUCUAAUUUAUUUCCUGCUCUACUUCCUUCUUCCUUCUUUGCUUCCUUCUUUCCUCCUCUACUACUUCCUGUCUACUUUCCUGCCCAGGAGGGCUGUACCUAAAUCCACCUCUGCCAAGGUUCAUCAUGCUUCUCUUUUUAUAUAUAUAUAGGGCAAUACUUGAACUACUGUCUUCCUACGUUAAUUGCACAGUUAAGAGCUGUUCCUUACUGUCCCUGUUCACCAGUUGCCUUCUGUUCCAUGCGCCUGCACUGAAUUGAGUCAAAGGACCUUUGUCCACUCUGCACUUUUUGCGUGGAAUAUGUUGAUUUUAUUGAGCCAUUUAAAUCUCCCUCUGGGGCAGUAGUUGAAAGACUUGUGAUUGAUUCACUGAUGUCGGACAUGUCCUUAACAAUGUCAGUAUAACCCCUCUCAUUGAGUUUAGCUGACUUUUACUCUAUCGUUAAGCUCCGAAGAAGCUUUCCAUUUUGGUUUGAAGUUAGUGUUCCUUUACAGUAGCCAAUUCAGUCAUUUACCUCCUGGCUGGCUCGCCAACAAUUUGCACUGUAACUCUGCUAACUUACCUGUAAUGGUUAAGGACCAAAAGUAAGCUUUAACUAGUUAGCUGAGUGGUGGACCAGUGUCUACAUUCAUAGAGAUAAAUACUCUGCUGUGCAACAGUCAGUUAGAAAGACCGCAGACCCAGACCCAAGUUUAAACUUGUAUUAUAUUAAUUUCAGUGAGCUUUUUUAAAUCUAAGGAGAGGACUUGAGGCCAAACACCACAAUAUUCACUUUUUUAUGUAAUCUGCAUUAGAUAUUUUUGCUUGUUUGUCUUUUGUCUGCAUUCCUACUGUGUCAUUGUGUAACUGUGUUUUGUAUUUGCUGCUGUCAUGACCAGCUAUCAUGACCAGGACUCACUUGAA